UAAAAGGCAGAGCCGGCAGCAGCCCUGAAGCACUCGCUCUCCUCUCGAACAAGCUGCGGGGGAAGUCGAGAAGGGUUAAAGGAGGCAGGCAGAGGAAGCAACACCCAUUCACAAAGCGAACUCAAGCCGCAGAAGAGCAGGAGCGCAGCACACACCUGCGAAAACUUUUUCUUCUUCCUCCGAACUGGUGUAGCUUUUUGGCAAAAGUCCACUCGCCGCUCUUGCCUCUUUUGAUCUCAACUCGUGGCUGAAAUCCGCCUGGAGAAAAGAUCUGCCCGUCGCUUUCCACCUGUUGAUUUGAAACCCUCCCUGGAUCCUUCUUCCACCUCGUGCCAAGCGGCGGCGGCGGCAGCAGCAGGAGCGCAUCUCUUGACCGAACCGCACCAGCCAGCUAUGAGCUCCGAGCAUUUGGUGUACGACGUGGAGAAAGGGAGCAACGUGGUGGUGGUGCGCGAAAAGCCGCAGAAAGAGAGCCACUGGAAAUGCCUCAGCAUCUGCUCCCUCCUGCUGCUGCUGGGCGCCACGUUCGUCUUUGCGCUUUUGCAGUUUGGCGCUUUCAAGCAGUCUGAGUCCCAGGACUCUAAGGAAAAGGGAAGCCCAUUUUCUGGAGGGUUGCCGCAGACAAUGAAAGUGCAAGCCCUGAUGUCCAGGAAACCAGCUGCCCAUGCCCUAGCUUCCCGAGCUCACGGCCAGCAACUGUUCUGGACCACAGACGUGGCGCCCUCCAUACUUGAGAACGGCAUGCAGCUGGACAAAAAUGACAACUCCCUCGUGGUGCCUUCGACCGGACUCUACUUUGUCUACUCUCAGGUCAUGUUCCAUAGCGACACCUGCCCGGAAUCCCCCCUGCUACUCAGCCACACCAUCUCGUGGUUUUCCUCGCAGUUCAACAAGAACGUGGAAUUGCUGAAGUCCAUCAAGUCCGCUUGUGAGGCCGGAAGAAGCGCCCAGGGCCAAAAGAGUUUGUGGUUCGAAUCCAUUUACCAGGGGGCUGUCUUCAGGUUGAACAAAGGGGACCGCCUGUGGUCCAAAACCGAAUCUCCUCAGUAUCUGGACUUUGCCCAACAGGGACAGAUCUAUUUUGGGAUCGUUGCCAUGGAGUAAAAAAAAAAAGAAAAAAGACUCUCCUGCUGUGCCAUAGUUACAACUCACUUGCUCCUCCUACUCCGCCAUUCAAAAUACAAAUUUGAGGAUGAGGAACAAGAGACUAAACCCUGAAUCAGCACCCCAGUGAAGGAGGUUACUUCUGCUCUGGGAAGAUAGGACACAGUGUUACUUAUGUUGUUGUUGUUUAUUUUUAAUCAACCCUAUUUAUUUAUUUUUAUUUAUUUAUUUAUAUAGCCAGUGGGCGUGUGGUUGGAAGUCUGAAAGGAUGUGGGAUGCGUGCUUCUUUUGUCACACCAAUUCAGGAAAAAAAGAUGAAAUAUAGAUAACCCAGCAGAAACAAGAGUGUGGGGUUGUGAGUGUGCUUGUGUGUGUGUAUGAGAGAGGGAGGGAGGCAGAGAGAAGUGGUUCUGUGAGCUAUAAGUGAAUACCAAAAAUAAGGGGAAUUGUGCUCCUUUGAACCCAGCUCCAGAAACUCAGAUCAGCUGUAUAUAUAUACUAUGUAUAUCUGUUAAUAAUUAAAUAUACCGGUGUAAUUAUGUAUGUUACAUGGACUGCUCCUGAAUUUUGGGGGAGGAUGGCCCUGCGGGCAACGUCCUCUCCCAGUUUACCGAGAAAGAGAGGAUAAAAAUUCUCUUUGUUGGUAAUGUUUACAUCAAAGAUGUAAUCUGACACAAGAGUACCUGAGCUGUUAUGAUUUUGCUCACUCUCGUGGCACAUAGUGUAUUUCAUGUUGAAAUCCUGCAUGUGUUGCCACAAAAGCGGUGAUUUCAAAAGGGAAAUAAUACCUUGUGACGUGAUUUUUUAAAAAACAAUGUUGCUUAUUUAUUUAUUUAUGUGGAUAUUUAUUUUGCUGUAUUCUCCUUUUUUGCACAUUGCGGAGAAACUGCAACUGUUAUUAUAAGUUGGUUGUGUAACCUUUAAAUGAGUCCAAGAAAUAAA